AUACAAGGUGUACACAUUACACUUUUCUUUCUUUGCUUAAGUGUUAUUAUCUCGAAGCGCCGCAAGCGUCGCGCGGACUGGGCUCAACUUGGAUACAUCUGCACUUUAUUUGUCUUAGGGACUAUGGGGAACGCACUGGGCGCACGGUGGUGCGAGAUGCUGUUUAUUGACGAUGUCAGUUAUCCAGGAGGACCGGUUGCCUUCAACACGGAGGAAAGCUCCAAUAUAAUCACUGUCCUUGGUGAUUGCGUCUAUAUCGUCAAUUUAUGGUUACAGGACGGACUUCUUCUGUACAGAUUCUUUGUUAUAUUUAGAAAGAGCUACUAUGCUAUGAUUCUACCCACAACAGCAUUUGCGGUUACAAUGGUUCUUGGCUCCCUCUUGAUGGCUUCAAUUGCCAAUCCAGAAAACAGCUUUUAUUCCGGAAGCGCGUUCGAACUGGCCCUCGCGUAUUGGUCUUUGUCCAUAGGAUACACUGCUAUCAUGACACUGGCAAUCACCACCAGGCUCAUGUACUUACGGUGGAAGAUGAAGCAAACUUUAGGAUCGGACGCGCUGUCUCAGCCAUACGUUUCUGUCAGCGCAAUGCUCAUCGAAGGCGCAGCGCUUUAUACUAUUAAUGGACUCAUAUUCAUUGUGAGCUUCGGGCUCAACAGCAAUAUUCAAAAUCUAGCCAUUGAACUGCUUGGUCAGACACAGUCAAUUGCCCCGUUGAUGAUAAUCUAUCGCUUGUUGCGCGGCCAAGCG